AUGGGGGGGUCCGGAGGUACAGGAAAUGGAAUCCCAACCCAGGAGCUAGCAACGAUUGAGGCGAGACAAAUGGGUAGAAUUUGCUCUUACAAGACCUUCCUAUGUUACAAGCCACCAGAAUUUGUGGGGUCGGACGAUCCCGUUGCAUGCAUGAAUUGGCUCCGGGAGAUCGUGCAAUCCUUUCGGGCUUGUGACUGUGACGAGGGACAAAAAGUGAAGUUUGGCUCUCAAAUGCUGAGGGGUGCAACUCUUACCUGGUGGAACAUUGUCAUCUCGACUAUCGAGGUUACUGAAUUGACCAAGAUGAGCUGGACCACAUUCAAGGAAAAAGUGAUGGAAGAAUAUUGCAAUGAACAGGAGAUGGAUCGUAUCGAAGAAGAAUUCCGAACCCUAAAGAAGGGAAAUUUGUCAGUAAGGGACUACACCCGACUCUUCAUGGAAAAACUAAACUUGGUGGGACACGUGGCCCCAACGGAGAAAGAUAAAAUGAAGGAUUACAUUAAAGGACUACUUGCAGAAAUGAUGGUAAUGGUCAGGAACUCAAGAGUUUCCACCCUCAGGGAGGCGAACGAAGAAGCCAAGGUCUUAGAAUCAGUUUAUGUUAAGGGAAAAGAAGAAAGAAUGUCGAGUGGUGAGAAGAGGAAGUGGGAAGGGCCCUACGCACCAUCCAAAAGGCCAAAUCACCUUAGCAACAAUAAUCGCGGAACCCAUCCCAAACAAGAGUCAAGAUGGUGUCCCAAGUGUCGCAUUAAACAUCACGGCUCGUGUAGCACCAACUCCACCCCCACCAAAUGUUUUAAGUGUGGGAAGACAGGCCACACACGAAACGAGUGUCCAAUCAAGGGACACAUAUGUUUUGGAUGCGGGGAACUAGGCCAUUUCAAGAAUGAUUGCCAAAAGUUGAAAACAGGUGGGAGUCAAGGAAGAAAAGAAGGCACCCCAAAAGCAAUCGGCCGAGCCUUUCAGAUGUCGAGAGAAGAAGCUAAGGCGUCGACGGAUGUAGUGUCGGGUACGUUCCUUGUUAACUCCGUAUCUGCUCACGUUUUGGAAUUCUCCUCUGUUCUCUCGGGCUGA